AUGCACUGGGCUAAUGCACAGUCACGACUGUCGUUGAACGAAGCAUUCAUGUACGAUACCACUCCAGCAACACAUCCCGUUCCACUGCCGCAGUUCAUGCCAAUAUCUCAUCCAAGUCCGAAACAGCUCAAGAAAUGGCACAAAAAACACAAAAAAUUACUCAAGAAGAUGUCUUCAAUGCCUCCACCGAUCCUCACACCUCAUCUACCGCCGAAUCUGCAGCCUUACUCAAGAGCAUACUCGAUGGACAAUCUUAACAGGUUACUUACUGCCUCACCGAUUCAUUUUCCAUGA